GCUUUUGGUUGUACUUGUGUUGUCCUAUUGACUGUGUUGAGGUUGCACAGAUAUAUUCAAUUCUUGCUCUGUACUGGAUUUCUGUUUUCCAGCAGUGUAAGUUUACAGUUCAUACUUAAGUUUGGGCUAUAUAAUGCAAUAGCUUUAAAAGGUUAUUUCAACACAACUAGAUUAAAGGAUUCCAUUUUAAACUAUCCUCUUUUUUUAAUUCAGUAAGCUUCAUGUAAAUCUGCAUAACCAUGGAAUAAAUUGCACAUUUCUAAUGAUAAUAGUUAUAAUUGAUAUGACUGGGGCAAUUUUUACUUUCUAACUUUUUAAUUGUUUUUUGUUUUGGAUUUGACAGUGGGUGAUUUGCACAGCCUUGGAUUAUAUUUGUUUUCUGUUCCUCUUCAUCCUGAUGUCUUGCAAUUAUUUUUCCUCUUUCCUUUGUCAUUCAGGUUAAUCAGAAGGAAGUAGUUGCUACUGGUGGCUUUGUUUGUAUAUUACCCAAUAGUAUAUGUGGCUGCCAUGCUUCUCUAAUUAGGAGCUCUGAUCCUUCAGCUUGAGGGCCUAUGGCACAUCAUCUGUCAGAGAGGUUCAGCAAGCUUUGCUGCCUUGGUAACCUGCCUCUUGCUGCCUCAACAGUUCCUGGCUGAAGAGAACUUGGCUGCAAGGACUGGUUGUUUAACCAGUUUUUCCAGGUAUCGGGAGGUGCCGGCCAGGCUCAGUUACUUUGACAACUUCUUUUUCCUGCCUUGAUAUGUCCUGCACUAGUCCAGUGGCUGGGACCACUUGUUGCACCAAUGUCCCUCCUCCUGUGUUGACACUGUUCUGAAAUGGAAGAAAUAUUAGGGAUGGUUGCUUUGGUAACCUGUCAUGAUACUUCCUGCACCAAGAUCAUGAGCCAGCUUCAGCAGCCCCCUCUUCCUGGCUUGGUACAAAGGCGCCAUCUGCCAAGGCUCUCCUUUCUUAUUUUAAAAUAAAAUUUACUUUUUCAGUAAUAUGAUAGGAUACAUUUAUGGAGUGCUCUUGAGCUCAAGUGAACUUCAUAUAAAGGAAAACAGACACACUGAUUUCUUUCAACCAACAAUGUCUAACGAAAAAGCAACUAUAGAGAGUUGCAUGUAUUUUUUUCCAACAUCUCAGUUGUAGAUCUAUCUUGAAUAGCCUGGGAUGUUUAUGGAUAUGUACUCUGCCCACCAGUUACAAAAGGGCUGUGAUUCAUUUAUGAUGUGUUUUGUAUUUUGCUUUUAUCUUAGAUGGCAAGUGUAAACUAGCUCAGAGUUUUGUUGGAAAAAGGAGUGAAGUGGCACUGCCUUUAGCAAAAUAAUUUUCAGUCCCAUUCAGCACCUGUCCAGCUAGGCAGAAUUGGUUAGGACACAGCAGAAUCUUUCACCCAUCAGAUUCUAUCUGAUCUUUUUUUUCCUUCUUCUAGAAGUAUCUCUCUGCCUCUUCUUGCUGGAAACUUUAUCUGUCCUUUAGGAUUCUAGAGCCAGCUUUAGAGCCAGGAUUCCAGAUAUGUUGGCUUCUUGAGGUCUAAUCUUAUCUUAGAAUUCACAUCUUGCUUAUCAAAAUUAGUACAUUUUAACUCCAGUGAUUCACCUUAUUGCCCACUGUUCGGAAUAUAGAAAGUUGUCUGUAUUCUGUCUUUCCCUUUUUUUUUUUAAAAGAGAUUAGCAGCUUCUGUCAGCUCAAGGAGCAGAAAAAGCCUGCACAAGGCCAGUAGCUUGUUGUCUUGGAAUGUGAGGUUUCAAGUCCUUUUUGCACCCUUUCUUUGUCUUUUGUCCAUUGUUUAGUUGGGGUCAGAAAUGUAACCUUUAUCCUGGAAAGCAAGAUUUAACUGAAGUUUAAGCGGGCUUCAGCAGCUGAGUUUCAGUUUUCUCUCUGAUGCUCACUUUUUCUUAAGUAGUUUUCAGCUGUUAUAAAGAGGUUUUGGUUGAAGCUCUUAGCUCAGAGUAAUUUCUGACAGUUCUGAAGAUAUUGAGCCUUUAUCUUUUGAGAUGUGAUAAGAGAUGUGAAGCUUGGUUAACUGAUAUAUAGAGAUAAGAGGCCAACUUUAAUCAGGACCCAUGCCUCCCCUUUAUUCUCUGCUCCCACCUUUCAAUUCCAAGGCUGCUGGUGUUGGAGUGCCCUGGAAGCUGGUGUUGAAGCUUCUGAGGUGCAAGUUCUAAACAUGGUAAUUGUUGCAGGGCCAGCAGAUGCUUGACUUGAAGGAGAUGAAGAAAUUGGUUUAAGGCAGUUCCCAAAAUGGCUCAGUUUAGGUGGUGGUGAUUGGAUAUGGGGCUUGGUGCUGUAAUGCAGCUGAGGAAGAUGGAGGAACUGGUAUGGGGAAUGCCAUUGUACCUCCCUGAGUUACCCAGAAGCAUGAGGGGGCUGGUGCAGGUGCAAAGGAAGGGAGAGUGGAGCAAUUGCUACCAAUAACACACAGCUUCAGAUGAAUGGUUUUAAAAUGCAGAAGAUAACUGGCAGGAGGGGGACACCCAUAGAGUGGUCCUCUUGGAAAGCAUCUGAACUGUGAAAGAGCACUAAAGGGUUAAUCUUCAUGGCAACAACCAAAGCAGUGAUAAUGGCACAUUUGGCCUGAUCUCUGACUGCUGCCCUGGGACAGCCUUGUGCCAAGUAUCAUGGACUCAGUCUGGCUCAGCGCUAUCGCAAGUAGUCUGCUGCCUACAGCUCAGUAUGUGCUGGAAGGGCCUGCUACGUGCUGUGCCCAUUCUGAAUGAGCAGCUACCAGGCAGUGCCUGCCUAGAGUGGCCAGGUUCAACACAACAAUAGAUCCUGUCAGUUGCAGUCAGAACUGGGUUGCCAACAAUGAUGCCUUUGCAAAAGGAAAAUGACCAGCUGCGUGCUCAAAUUUGUGAAUGCUUACACACAAAUAGGAACAAAUUCAAUUCUACUUAGAUUUUUCACAUAGGGAUCAACACUAAUAAUCCCCAAAAUUGCCUGGUGUCAGCACCUUGUGUAUGUGCUCACUGCCUAGUGGUCCCAGUGAUAUUUGUACACAGGGCGGAGACAUACAUUUCUCCCCUAUUUGGAUGAUUGGCUGAUCAAGGACAAUACCUUGGAAAGGUUCCAAGGAUUAAUGCAUACCAUCACAAGGUACUGUUGCUGUUGGUUUAAUGGAUACUGCAAGGAGAUUGGGUAUAUGCUAAUGGCUGUUUUAGAGAGCAGCUGAAAGUCUCAGUGGCUGCCUUUCCAAUUCAAACCACAAAUGCUCCAAAAAUCUUUGCAUUUCUCUUCUCUGGAAGCUGUCUGUGUCAUGGAGCUUGUUACAGUCAAAAACAGUGUAUGCAAGAACCAUUCCCAAGAGAUGACCCUGUUUGCAUCGAGGAAGGUUGUGCAGCCCUGGUGUGCUUGCACAGAAAAGCAGUGUAUAUUUUCCUUCCUAUCUGGGCUAUGUAAAUAUGUAAAAUCUAAUCCAUUUCAGGACUUCAGUGACCCUGACAGGUCCCUCUACUCAGUCUUGAAUUUUCUCUGACGCUUGGGGAUAAUUCAUGACUUUUACACCUUUCAACUCCACAGAAGAGUUCUGGCCAACUUCAGAGAGCAACAGACUGUCACGAUCAUGAUCUUUUUCAAGAGUGAGGAAAACGGUUCUCAUGGUAAAUUUGGAGAACACAGGCUACUAUCAGCAGAUGGGCUGCCUUACUAUAUCUGCCGGAAGUCUGUUGUACUCCCAGGGUGAAAUUCUGCAACUGGGUUUGGGAAGGUACUCUAUCUGUAUUGUUUUCUGAGCGGCAUGAUCAGCUUGCUAUUCACACACUCUCAGUUUUAAACUUGUUACUGUAGAGUUCAGUGUCUUGUUUCAUGUUUUGAUGGAUAUUGUGUCCUGCAUAGGUGAAUUGAAGGGUUUAUUUAUAUUCACCUUUGUGAUGCGCUGUACCUUGAGGGAACACCCUACACCCCCAUGUUCAUCUUUAUAAAAUGAUUGCGUAGUAUCCAGUGCGAAGUUUGUCAUGUUGGGUGUCUUCAAAAGGCUCAUGACGCACUGAACAUGGCUGUUAUAAUGAUGUCAUAGUAAUUGUUACAGUAAUGUUAUAGGUUAUAAUUUCAUGUAUGUAGUUAUGAGGCUGAAAACGUAUCCUCAUGGUUUUAAAAUAAGCCCAGGCAAAAACUCCAGGAGCAGAGAGGUAGUUCUCAUCAAGGCAGAUAUGGGACAAACCCAACCCAGCCUCACAGGAACAAAAGACGCUGGCCUGGGAAGCAACAAAAGAAUCUCUUAGACUCUCAAGUGAGUCACCCCCCUUCCUUUGGUCAGUUUGGAAGUGCAAUGAGGUAAUGCUCACCUGACUCUGAAAGAGGAAGAGGAACAAAGCCAAGAGGGAAGAAAGGACAUGAUAAAAGGGAGAGACAUUUGCCAUGCUCUCUCCCAGCUACAUCUACAGACACCACACCGAGCGAUUGAAGUGUUGAUCAAAGGGGAGAGCCUGACUGAAGAGCAACCAACCAGUCUGUGGUGAGAAGCAUUGCUUACAGCAGUAAGGUGUUCCGUGUGACCUUCAUGAUUUUGGCUGUGUCUUUAAUUAUUCCCUUGCUUGGAGCAAUGGUUCUCCUGGAAUGUCCAAUAGACCCUCAACCUCUAAGCUUCAAAGAACCUCCCCUCCUGACUGGUGUGUUAAAGCCAAAUAUUAAGUUGCGACAGGCAGAGAGGAUAUUUGAAAACCAACUUAUUGGACCCGAAUCCAUUGCCAAUAUUGGUGAUGUGCUGUUUACUGGCACAGCUGACGGAAAGAUUCUAAAAAUUGAAGAUGGGGAAAUAAAAACGUUAGCCAGACUUGGCCACGGUCCAUGCAGAACCAGGGAAGAUGAGCCCACCUGCGGGAGACCCCUUGGCAUCAGAGUUGGGCCAACUAAUACCCUGUUUGUGGCAGAUGCGUAUUACGGAAUAUAUGAAAUUGAUACUGUCACAGGUGACGUGAAAAUGCUAUUAUCAACCAGUGAACCAGUUGAGGAUCACAAAUUGUCCUUUGUGAAUGACCUCACAUUGACUCGGGACGGGAGGAAAAUCUUCUUCACAGACUCCAGCAGUAAAUGGCAAAGGAGGGAUUAUUCAUUCUUGGUUAUGGAAGGCACAGAUGAUGGACGCCUGCUUGAAUAUGACACUGUGACAAAAGAAGUGAAAGUCUUAAUGGUAGGACUGAGGUUUCCGAAUGGAGUCCAGCUCUCUCCUGCUGAAGAUUUUGUGUUGGUAGCAGAAACGACCUUAGCUAGAAUAAGGAGAUACUAUGUCUCUGGAUUAAUGAAAGGUGGAGCAGAUAUGUUUGUAGAAAAUAUGCCCGGCUUUCCAGAUAAUAUCCGGUUAAGCAGCUCUGGGGGAUACUGGGUAGCCAUGUCAGCUGUUCGACCCAAUCCUGGAUUUUCUUUGGUGGAUUUUAUAUCUGAAAAACCAUGGAUUAAAAGAAUAAUAUUUAAGCUGCUAAGUCAAGAAACUGUGAUAAAGUUUGUGCCCAAGUAUAGCCUUGUCGUUGAACUUAGCGAAACUGGAUCCUACAAAAGAAGCUUUCAUGAUCCCAAUGGAAUGGUGGUGACUUAUGUUAGUGAGGCACAUGAACACAAUGGAUAUCUUUACCUGGGCUCCUUCAGGUCUCCGUUUAUUUGCAGACUUAACCUGGAGCAUGUAUAACUGUCCGUACAAAAUGAAAUGCCAUUGUUAUCCUGAAACAUUCUAGAAUUGUAAAAAGAAGAUUGCAGCAAUGUUUGGCCGAGAGAGAGAUGGAAAUGCAUCCAUUAUGUGCAGCAGGGAAAUCCUAUGCUACUAUGUUGCUAUAGGAAAAUGUGUAUGGUUUGCUGUAUUUGUCCUCUUUUUUUGCUUUAACUACUUCAUGUUUUUAAAAUGACAUGCAUAAAAUUAAUGUCCAUAGGGAGUAAAGAGACAAGUAAAUACAACCAAAUGCUUUUGUUAAACAAAACCUGUUGCACUCAUUACAAUCACAAAGUUGCUUCUCUUAAUUUUGAGCUGUCUUAAAGGCAUCUGUCAACUUUUAAUAGGCGUUGAGUUCAAGAUAUUACACUGGAUAUAGGUAAAUGGUUUUAGUGAAGUAAUAACUGUAUUGAAAAGAGGAUGUCUUGCAUGUGUUUACGUCCAAUUUAGAUCCUACUCUGUAGGCAUGGUUUAAAAAAAAAAUUAUGCACAUUCACAUGUCAUACCAUACUUCAGUGUUAGAUUCAGUAACCACCAGAACAUGCCUAGAAAUCUAGUCACAUCAGUUAGAUUUCUUCAAUUCAAUCUAUCUAAUGAGAAUAUGAAACUAUACUUGACUGUUAAGUGACAUAAAAUAUUUUACCUGUGAUAUUUUGUCUGUGAAUGCUCUUUCUUAUAGUAUUGUAGUUACUUGACAAUGAUGGUAGUUAUAUUUUAUACACUAUUAAACAGAACAUUGGUUCAACUGGGUUUUAAA